UUGCAGACGGAUGGGCGAAACCAGGCCCCCAAGAUCCACUCUAAUCAUCCAUCACCCGAACACACUGCAGGAGCGGAGGGCAGUAUGACCGUAGCCCACGGGGACAGUUCUCCUGAGCGACUGGGAGGUGCUCUGCGAAGGCUUCACUAUCGGGCCACUCGAAGAGCCCAUUCAGCCGCCGCUAGGCACCACUCCACUCCUAAGGUUAGUUACCCAAAUUACAACUACAUAGCCCAAGGAUUAAUCACCAACUAUACUAAUAAUUAA